AUGAUGGCUUCACGAAGGACUCACAGGAAAUCUCGCGCCGGCUGCCGAGAGUGUAAGCGUCGUCAUAUCAAGUGUGACGAAACACGGCCGGUGUGCGCAGGAUGUUCGGUCAAGAAGCUCUGCUGUGUUUACGCGCUGGGCCCGGCUUCGCUGCCUGGUCAAGCAGAUCAAUCGGGGCAUCUCGAGCCCCUCGCGCGUGAAGAUGCGUCUGGUGCCGGCUCCAGGGUGGGCUCUGCUCGUGCAACUUCAUCUCGAUCACGAUCGCCUUUACCAGUGAGCUCGGCUUCGCUCACGCCCUCAUCACAGCUGCCAGAACAGGCCCAACCACGCGACACCUCGCCCUCAUCGCCAGUACUCAGCGUCCCGCCCGCGAACAUGGCGCAGCUGGAGCUCUUCCACCAUGUUUGCACUCAGCAGGUCCCGCUUCCCCUCAACGGCAACAACGGGAAGAUCCUCUCUGGUUUGCUGGAGGCUGCUUUCUCUUCACCCUGCCUCAUGAACGCGCUGCUGGCUGUAGCAGCCCUACAUCUAGCGCACACUCGGCCCUCCCAAAGUGCGUACUAUCAUCACCAGGCUGUACACUUCCACACGCACGCCUUGAGUAUCUUCAACCAGCAGCGGCCCCAGGUUACCCCGGAGAACUGCUUGAGCCUGCUCCUCUUCGGCCAGCUCACGAGUCUCCACAUGCUGUACGAGACGACCUUGAAUUGCGACGACAAAGAUGACUCCAUGGAGCCACUCAACCGCUUCUUGGACUAUAUGAAAGUAUACCGCGGCGUCGUGUUGAUCGCCAAGGAGGCGUGGCAGGCUCUCCUUCAGUCCAAACUAAGAAGCAUCUUCACAGCCAGCGCCGGCAUUGCAGAUUGCAGGACGAGCAGUGGCACCCAGACGACAGAGCUGCGAUCCGUCAUUUCGAUAAGCCGGGCACUGGAUCGGGAACAGAAGCGGCUUUGCCUCGAGGCCAUCGACAGGCUGCAGUGGAUUCUGAGCCCUUCAGAGCCAGACUCGGACAAUACGCACAAUCUUGGAAGCCAGGAAGCUCGAGACUUCCACAGCUUGGGCCUGGUGCACGCCUGGCCCUUGAUGGCCCGUGAAGCCGUGCUGGGCCUAAUGUGCAACAAGACCCCCGAGGCGCUGUUGAUGCUGGCAUACUAUGGUGUUCUCAUGCACCAACACCGCCAUUUCUGGACGUAUGCCAACGUAGGCCCCAUACUUGUACGAACCAUUGCACGGUAUCUCGGUCCUGACUGGCAGCAUUUCAUGAUCUGGCCACUUGCACAGGUAAGUCAAGACCCUGCGAUGAAGGCGGCUUAG